AUGAAAGGGCUGUCUGUUGGUGAUGUCUUUCCCACAAAGGAGGAGGCAGAGAAAGUUUUAAUAAGCCAUGCUGUGCAGAGUAACCUCAACUAUGACCUCGAGGAGACACCAAAGUCUGUUGCAGUGCUAUGCAAAGGAAGAAAAGAGUUUGGCUGUGAAGCUAGAAUUGUUGCACAGGUAAGAAAAAAAGACGGUGUAUUUGUGGUGAAAAGAGUUAGAUUAUCGCAUAAGUGUCCUUCUGUGACAUCGAAGUAUGGGUCUCCUGAGGAGAUGGUUCGAAUGGAGGUGUAUAGGGCUAUAGGAGAUAGGCAUGCAAGGAUAGGGGAGGUUGUGUCUAUUCUUGCUGGUAUGAAUAUAAAGAUGGGGUAUUUUUCUGUCUGGAAGGCCAUGAGACAGGGAAAUGAGAUGGAGAAGGAAAACAUAAGAAUAAGCCCUUUGGAGGAGAACAGGAAGACUGAACUGUUUGAGACGGCUCUCAAGGAAUUUAGCCAUGAGUUUUUAGAACUUAAUCCUAGCGCAAUUGCACAUCAUCGGGAGAAGAUGUUCUUCUUCUCUUUUCCUGAAUAUAUCGACACUCUUGUUCCAAUUGUUGAAAUAAGAAUAUACAAAAGAAUAGAGGGCUUUACCGUUCUAGGAAUUCUCCGAGACCCCACAUGGUCUCCCAUCAUAUACUCCUGCGUGGUUUCUGAUCUGGGAAGUCAAGAAGACGCAUUUAGGUACUUUGUUGAUUCGAUGCCAGAAUUGUUCUUUCUUGUGGACUUUGAUGUUAACCUCAUCAACAUUCUUAAAGAAAAAAAGAGGGAGUUUUUUGUUAAAACCCGUGAUAUAUGUAAGUUCUAUUACAACAAGACCAAGUCGAUUGAUACGGUGGAAAACAUUUGGAGCAAAUGUAAUAACGAUAAGGAAUGGAGUAUCCCUGAGCUCAACUUUAUAGAUAAGAAGCAGUAUCUAAAGAGCUGUUGCGAGACUGAGAUGUUUGGAUUACAGAAUACAAGUGAGUGUGAUGUUGAGUUUAUUGGAUUAGGGAUCUUCAAUCUUCCAUUUUUUGACUGUAUCUGUGGGAUUUUGAAGCUAGCCAGUGAUAAUCUGAAGCAAAGGAAAAAAUCUCCUCUUGGAGAGGGGAAACAUCUAUUUGGUAACAACGUCAUACGCAGGAUAGAGAAGAAUCUAUCCAUGGAUGUUACAGAAACUUCUCAUGAUGUUGAUCUAGAAAAUCUGACAUGCACAUGCGGGAGAUUCCAGGAGUUUUUAAUACCAUGCUCCCAUGCUUGCAAAAAGAUACUUGACUCCGAGGAAGAUCCGUAUUCUUACGUUAGUGAUUUGUAUUCUAAGGCGAGGUUAUUGAAACUCAAAGACAUAACGCCUGUUGUAGAUUUGCCGGUGAAGUGCCAGUCCGAUAGAAACCUGCUCAAACGUGGCCCUGGAAGGCCGAAAAAAAUAUUAGUCAGGGAGCCUCCUAUUGUUAGAAGCUAA